AUGUGCAAAAUGGCAGUUGUACCAGAUUGGCAUACUUUGUAUCCUCACACACAAAACUCCACGCAUUUAAGACCCCACUCUUCACCAUGUAGAGUGUAUUCAAGGAGUGGUUCCCAAACUAUGUUCAGCCCUUCUUCAUCCACAGCUGUUGCAAAUCCAAUACUGUCAUCCUUAGACGUUAAACGGAUUUUAUUUCAAAAAAUUACUGAUAAAGGAGAUGAGUUGAAGAAAGCCUUUCACCUGCUCGACAUCAGUAACAACAUGACGGUGACAAAGAAUGAACUGCGAAGAGUCAUCACAACCUUCCUGCUGCCUCUCACGAGAGAACAGUUUCAAGAUGUGCUGGCUCAGAUCCGUCUCACCAGCUCUGGUGCCCUUCCGUACCUUGUAUUCCUGUCCAGAUUUGGUGGAGUUGACCUGAAUAUAAAUGUUAUAAAGAGGGCUCUUGACCGGUGGUUCCCCAGUGUCCGCAGCGCUUCUCCCCCAAAUAAAGCUAUUUUCAAAAACAUUAAAACUGUUAUCAAAGCCCUUAAGCUCAUUGAUGUUAACAGGACGGGUCUGGUCCAACCACAUGCGCUGAGGAGGGUUCUGGAGACCUUCUCUUUGAAGAUGAAAGAUGAUGAAUACAAAAAGUUUGCAAAACACUACAGCAUUGAUAAAGAUACUGCAGUGGAUUAUAAUGUUGUUUUGAAGAACCUCAGUACAAAUAAUGACUUGAACCUUAAAUAUUCAAUGGGAAGUCAAGGGGUUUCCCUAGACGACCAAUGAGUCAAAAGUUCCAAAAGAGAGUACCUCCCCAGUCCUGUUUCAUCUGAAGAUACCUGGAAAAACUGCUCCUUAGAUGAAAUUGAGAGGACCUUUUGCCAAGAGGUAAGAACCUUUCAAACAAAGUCCUAUGAAAAGGUUGAAAAGGCCCUGAGUGCAGGGGACCCGUCCAAACGUGGAUACGUAUCUUUGAAUUACCUAAAGAUUGUCCUCGACACCUUUGUAUACCGAUUACCAAGAAGAAUUUUCAUCCAGUUAAUGAAAAGAUUUGGACUUAAAACCACCACUAAAGUCAACUGGAAGCAAUUUUUCACAUCAUUUUAUGAGCCUCAGUUGUUGGAAGCUAGUCAUAAAAUUCCCCUGACAAAAAGAAAUAGCAUCAGCUUCAGAAAUCAAUUUAGCAAGGAAAACAUUAUCACAAAGUUAUUUAGACAUGAAGAUCACUGUGCAUCGUUGAAGAAAGCACUGCUGAUCAUCAACUCUAAACCUGACGGACAUAUAACAGGGGAAGAAUUGCGACAUAUUCUAAAUUGCAUGGUUGUAAAAAUAAGUGAUUCAGAAUUCAGAGAACUAGUGCAAACGCUUGACCCUGGGUGCACCGGAUGGGUCAGCGUCAGCACGUUUAUUGAACUGCUUGAAGAGAACCCUAAGCUAAGCAAAAUAUCCUCCUGUAAAGACACCAAGGCACCUCUCUUCCUGGCUUGGGAUUCAGUGGAAGAAAUUGUUCAUGAGUCCAUUUCCAGGAAUCUACAAGUUUUCUGUAAUAUGCUGCGGUCACAUGACCUUGGAGACACAGGGCUCAUUGGGCCAAAUAACUUCAAGAAAAUCAUGCACGUUUUCUGCCCAUUUUUAACAACCGAACAUUUAGUAAAACUCUGCAAUAAGUUUCAGGAUAUUGCUUCAGGAAGAAUUCUUUACAAGAAACUUUUGGCAUGCCUAGGAAUUAAUGACCCACCCACUGUCUCUCUAGUUCCUGUUCCAAAGGAUCAACUGUUAAAUGAACAUCUUCAAAAAGGGGAGCGGCAGCAGCCAGAUCUUUCUGAGAGAGCCAAGCCCACUGAGAGUAAAAGUGCUGUGACCAAGAAUAUGACCAAGGAUGCGGUUAUUGAAAAACUCAAAAACCGUGUACGGCAGCAGGACCCAGCGUUCAGAAAACGAUUUCUGGACUUCAGCAAGGAGCCUAAUGGCAAGAUUAAUGUGCGUGACUUCAAGAAGGUCCUGGAAGAUAACGGAAUGCCGGGGGAGGACACCGCUGCAAAAUUAGGAUAUAAGAAAAGAAAGGAGAGUUAUCUUGAUUUUGCGACAGGAUUUGAAGAUCCUAAGAUGAACGGGCCAGAAGUGAGUUCAUCUCAGACUCCAGUUCUUUCCAAAGGGAACUUGGACGGCUACUUUAUAACUGCUGAAGAGUGCCUGAGACAGUUCCCCCGGAGACUGAAGGAAUCCUUCCGGGACCUCUACGCGGCUUUCUUUAAGAUGGACACGGACAGGGAUGGCAUCGUCACCAUGCAUGACCUUCAUCAGCUGCAGCACCUGCUCUCCAAUCUGAAGGACGAGGAUUUCGAGCGAUUUCUGGGCCUUCUUGGCUUGAGGCUCAGCGUCACGUUAAAUUUCCACGAAUUUCGAAAUUUGUGUGAGAAGAGACCGUUCAGAAUAGAAGACACCGCGCCUCAGAGACUCAUUAGACCAAAACAGAAGGUUGCAGAUUCCGAACUAGCUUGUGAACAGGCUCAUCCGUAUCUUGUUACCAAAGCAAAAACCAGAUGGUCAGACUUGUCUAAGAAUUUUAUCGAAACCGACAAUGAGGGCAACGGCAUUCUUCGACGACGGGAUGUAAAGAACGCGCUGUACAGCUUUGAUAUUCCCCUCACACCCAGAGAAUGUGAGAAGCUUUGGAUGAGGUAGGACACCGAGGGAAGAGGGCACAUUACUUACCAAGAAUUUUUACAGAAGUUGGGGGUUAACUAUUCAGCGGAUAUUCAUCAGCCCUACGCAGAGGAUUAUUUCAACUUCAUGGGUCAUUUCACGAAGCCACAGCAGGUGCAAGAAGAGAUGAAGGAGCAGAGCACGGAGAGGGCCGUGCCGGCCGGGGAUAAGCUUAAGGACCACUAUCAAGAUAUCAGCAAAGCACUCACCAAACUAGAUAAAUCCAAAAGCGGCUACAUAUCCUUAUGCAAGAUGCAGAAGUUGCUGCAGGAGCGCGGCUGUUCUCUGAAGGCGGAGGAGCUGGCCGAUCUUCUAACCAGUUGGGGAAUCAGCUGGCAUGGUAAUUCCAUCAAUGACCUCGACUUCUUGAGAGCAGUGGAGAAUAGCAAGCCGACAAAACCUCAGCCACAAGAGAAAGAGGAGAGAGUGCCGAUCAAUUUUGCGACCCUAAGUCCCGAGGAGGUUCUGAAGAACAUCCAGGAGGUCGUUGCCUCCUCCAGUCCGGCUUUGUCAACGGCAUUUUCUGCACUGGAUAAAGAGGACACUAGGUUUGUAAAGGCUUCAGAUUUUGCACAAGUUCUUAAGGAUUUCUUUUACAAACUAACAGAUAACCAGUAUCAUUAUUUUUUGAGAAAACUAAGAAUUCAUCUCACCUCCUGUAUAUAUUGGAAAUAUUUUCUCCAGAACUUCAGCAGGCCCGAAGCAGCUGGUCAGGAGCCCGGGUCCUGUGGAGGGCCCUCCUCGAGGUCAGCCCAGGCUUCCCCUUCAGCCAAAUCUGCCCCUGCAGUCGGGCCUCUGGGUCACACUGUCUCCUGCCUCUUCAUCUUCCUCUCUAAGCGGGACCUCCCAGGACCUGCCCUGGCUGAGGCACGCAGAGCCAAGGCUGCUGCUGAGUGGGCUGAGAAGAUGCCCAAAGGCCCGCCGCCCAUAUCUCCCAAGGAAAUGGCAAACCAAGAGGUCCUGGCCCGGCUCCACAAAGCCGUGACCUUCCACUACAACACGAUCGCCCAGGAGUUUGAGAACUUUGACACCAUGCAGACCAAUACCGCCUCCAGGGACGAGUUCCGGUCCACUUGUACUCGCCACGUCCAAGUUCUGACGGAUGAGCAAUUUGACAGGCUCUGGGACGAGAUGCCCGUCGAUGCCAAGGGAAGAUUGCAAUACCUGGACUUCCUGAGCAGCUUCAGCUCCGAGGAGGCGGCCCCGCUGCCGGCCCCGGGCGACUCGGCCAAGGCGCAGAGAGGGUGCAGCGUCCCCGAGGUCUCAGAGAGAAGCAGGUCUGCAGGGUCAUCGCCCACUCGAGACCUGAAAGCAGGGUCCAAACCGCAGAGUCACCCCUGCAUGAGUUCCCGUCUCACCCCCGUGAGCACGACCCUGCCGCUGCAGAACUGCGAGCCCGUCGAGCACAAGCCGCGGAGGAAGAUGCAGGGCUGCUGGUGCGAGUUCCUGCGAGAGGACCAGGAGAGGGGCGCCGACAAGCAGGGCGAGAUCCCCGCCACCGAGUUCCAGGCUCUCGUGGAGAAAUUCAACCUGGACGUAAACAGAGAUGAGUGCCGGCAGCUCAUCGUCAAGUACGACUUAAAGAACAACGGGAGGUUUGCUUAUUGCAACUUCAUUCAGAGCUGCGUCCUCCUGUUAAAAGCAAGGGAAACCUCGCUGAUGCAGAGAAUGAAAAUCCAGACGGUGAAUAAAAUGAAAGAAGGUGGUGCUGAGACUUCUUGCUUUUACUCCGCUCUGCUGCGGAUUCAACCCAAAAUUGUGCACUGCUGGAGGCCGAUGCGGCACGCGCGUGCCUACGACGAGGGAAGGACGGGGCUUUUAAGCGUGGCUGAUUUCAGGAAGGUCCUGAGGCAGUAUAGCGCCAGCCUCUCCGAGGAGGACUUCUUCCACAGCCUGGAGUAUUAUGACAAGACGCUGUCUUCAAAACUCGCCUGCAACGACUUCCUCCAGGCCUUCCUUCAGUAG